GUGAGCAAGCUCUCUGUAAAUGUUUGGAAGGAGCAUCUGUCAGACAAUAAAACUUACAAGAAAACAUGUUUCUCAUUUAAAGAGUAUUCACUAGAACUAUUUCAGUGUUGGAAUCAGUUCAUUUGUAUAGCUUGGAGGCAUUAAUAAGAGCAAAGAACUGCAAAGGCACCAGAAAACUCAAACUGUUACUAAGAAUCCAAGGUAUUUUUAAAAAGCGUUUUGUCUUUUCGGCAUCUCCGUCUUCUGAUAAGGAAUCUGAAGCAGCUGACAGACAGGAAACCUCUGCUAGUCCAUCCAGAGGCACUGCAAACAAGAAGAUGGCACGAUUUCUGCAAACCUGGAAAGUCUAAAGAUUGCAAUAAUUGUUGGACCAAAGGGACCCUCUUCAGGCAUAAAUAGCAAGACUCCUACUGUCUUCUCUUGCAGACCAACUCAGCUGCCAGCAAAAGCAGGUGCUCUCCCCCUGCCAGUGCUCCAGAGGAAUAUUUAGCAAUGGAAAACCUGAUGUUUGCCUGCUGGUGCUGUAAAGUUCUCUGGACAGUUGUUGUGGCAGUGCUGGGCUGUGGCAGCAGCCUGCCUGUGGGCGAGGAUGCUCUCUGCACAGCAGAGCAACUCGCUAAAUACAGGAUCAUCUUCACAGGGAAAUGGAGCCAGACUGCCUUCCCCAAGCAGUACCCGCUCUACAGGCCCCCAGCCCAGUGGUCAUCCUUGCUGGGUGUUACUCAUAGUUCUGACUACAGCAUGUGGAAAAAAAAUGAAUAUGCCAGCAAUGGUGUACGUGAUUUUGCUGAAAAGGGUGAAGCAUGGGCACUAAUGAAAGAAAUAGAAGAAGCUGGAGAGAAAAUUCAGAGUGUACACGGAAUCUUCUCUGCUCCUGCAAUUUCCAGUGGUACAGGACAAACCUCAACUGAAUUAGAAGCACAUCCAAGACAUCCCUUAGUUUCGUUCGUUGUACGAAUUGUUCCCAGCCCUGACUGGUUUGUGGGCAUUGACAGCCUAAAUCUCUGUGAGGGAGACCACUGGAUGGAUGAAGUAUCAGUGGAUCUAUUUCCAUAUGAUGCUGGAACUGACAGUGGAUUCACAUUUUCCUCCCCAAACUUUGCCACUAUUCCACAGGACACAGUUACAGAGAUCACUUGUUCCUCUCCAAGUCACCCAGCAAACUCAUUUUAUUAUCCCAAACUCAAAAUUUUGCCACCAAUUGCUCAAGUAACAAUGGUGAAAAUAAAGAAAACCCAGCUAGGUCUUUCUGCACCUUUUAUUAAUCUUCCAGCUAAAAGCAAUGAAAUAAUAGACACUGUCUCAGAAACACCCCUGGACUGCGAGGUGUCCCAAUGGUCCUCCUGGGGGCUCUGCAGAGGGCUCUGCAGGGAAACAGGCACCAAGAUCAGAACCCGCUUUGUUCUCCUUCAGCCCGCCAACAACGGAAUGCCUUGUCCGAACCUGGAUGAAGAAACAGCGUGUGAACCAGAAAAUUGUGUCUGAAAUAAAGAAAAGAUAAUAAUGAAGAUAAUUUAAAAGUAGGAUAAGUUUAAAUCUGAACUACGUGUCAAUCAAUGUUCUUUAUCAUUUGGAUACGCUGCACUAUUUUGCUGAAAAGCUGCAUUAGAGUGGGUUUGAAAGUUUUUAUUUAAUAUCAAGAUUUUUGGGGGUUAAAUUCCUAUGGUUUGGUAGGACACAGUACUGGAUAGUUUAAAGAACAAAACCCCCAAAUAAAUCCUUCCUCCAAAUACACUGUAAGUUCUUGGAGUACCCUCUAGUGGCAGAAAAGAAGACAUUUGGGGAGAUCGUACUUCACAUUUUUACUUCACAGAAAAAAUCUUUCAAUCACAAAGUCUAAACUAAUAACCUCCUUAAAUAUUGUAACUUGUUUAUCUACACCUAUUUAUACCUAGAAAAUAGUUUUUCCUUCUAAAUUAUGUUUUUAUAAUUUAUUGGCAUUUUUGUCAUCUUUCUAACCUUGCUUAAUGUGCAUUUCCUCAGAAACUACUUACAAAAGUCAGAGUGACCAGAUAUUUGCAGUGUGGUUAAGACAAUAAUGGAACUGAGUAAACUUGUCUUGAGACUUUUGAAUAUAUGAAAAUGUCUUUUUAUUUUUCUUUCUCAAAAAUGAGAAGAACAACUGCCAUGAGAACACUCAGCCAACAAAAUUAUUAGAAAAAAAUCUGAAGUGUGGAUAGUAGUAGAAAACAUCUGAGCUGAAUUAAAAGUGUUAGCUGAGAUUCAAAA